ACUCCUGACCUCAGGUGAUGUGCCCACCUUGGCCCCCCAAAGUGCUGGGAUUACAGGCAUGAGCCACUGUGCCCGGCUGUUGUCAUUUUUGACAUGGGAAAAGAACCAUUGGGAGCUACUCACAGGCUCUCCUAUUUCAAUAGUGUUUUUGGAACUCCUGGCUUCUCCUGAACUUUGCUCCAGGGAGGGAUUAAUCAUGAUGGCAAAGAAUCAGGAUGAGCAGGACUGUCAUUAAUUAACCAGGAUCUGUCUUGCACUUGGAUGAGUUGACUGAUGCUGGCACCCUGUAAGUACAACAUCUGAACCAAGAGUAAAUAAUGCGGGUGAGAGUUGAUGUAGGAGAGGAUGAGCAGUGGAGCAGCUGCUUGAGUGCCGUCCCCUCAUCUUUUCCUUAUUUCCUGGGACCCUGCCUGGAAAUGCCUUUCCAGGUUGUUGAGGCAUCUUCAUUAAGCUGGGGGACCAGGAUAAAAGGCUUCAUUGCGUGUUUUGCUAUAGGAAUUCUCUGCUCACUGCUGGGUACUCUUCUGCUGUGGGUGCCCAGGAAGGGAUUACACCUCUUCGCAGUGUUUUAUACCUUUGGUAAUAUCGCAUCAAUUGGGAGUACCAUCUUCCUCAUGGGACCAGUGAAACAGCUGAAGCGAAUGUUUGAACCUACACGUUUGAUUGCAACUAUCAUGGUGCUGUUGUGUUUUGCACUUACCCUGUGUUCUGCCUUUUGGUGGCAUAACAAGGGACUUGCACUUAUCUUCUGCAUUUUGCAGUCUUUGGCACUGACGUGGUAUAGCCUUUCCUUCAUACCAUUUGCAAGGGAUGCUGUGAAGAAAUGUUUUGCCGUGUGUCUUGCAUAAUUCAUGGCCAGUUUUGCGAAGCUUUGGAAGGCACUAUGGACAGAAGCUGGUGGACAGUUUUGUAACUAUCUUCGAAACCUCUGUCUUACAGACAUGUGCCUUUUAUCUUGCAGCAAUGUGUUGCUUGUGAUUCGAACAUCUGAGUGUUACUUUUGGAAGCAACAAUACAUUCUUGAACCUGAAUGUCAGUAGCACAGGAUGAGAAGUGGGUUCUAUAUCUUGCGGAAUGGAAUCUUCCUCACGUACCUGUUUCCUCUCUGGAUGUUGUCCCACUGAAUUCCCAUGAAUACAAACCUGUUCAGCAGCAGCA